AUGUCGGAAAGUGAAACAUCAAUCCAAACAUCAUCACCCAAACAACAACAACAACAAGAUGAUACCAUCAUUCAGUACAUUGUGAUUCGGAAAGACCUCAUGGACCCUCCUUACUCCUAUGCCAUAGGCUCUAUUGUAAGCCAAGGUAGUCAUUCGAGUGUGGCUGUUAUUUCGGAAUCCAUCUUGGCUCAGGAUGAAAUCACUUUGAAAUAUGUCGAUCCGAAUGCUUCUUCUCAAAUGCAUACUAUUGUGUUGGAAUGUCCGAAUGAAAAACAAUUACUUUCUCUAAAAGAUUCAUUAGAACAGGCUCAAUUGAAAUAUAAAUUAUGGAUUGAACAACCAGAAAAUAUUCCGACAGCAAUUGCUUUGAAGCCCUAUUAUCGAUCAAUAGUCGCAAAAUUUGUAAAAAAGUUUAAACUGUUUAAAUAG